UCAAAUUAAUUGAUCUGGAGGAACUCACGCUGAAUUUCUCUCUAGAAGAGUUUAAAUCUGAAGAAAUUGGCGGCCUAAUUUUAUACAACCCCUUUCUGUGUUUUUUUACUGCUACUUUGUCAGAUUUCUCUAGCUUUACUUUAGUAUUCAAAUUCUAGUGAUGACAGCCAAACUGAUUGUUGAGGUACAGUAUGGUCGGUUUUCCAAUUCAUGGCCCCUCCAUUAAGUUUGGCAAAAAAGGAACUGUUCUUUAAUAAAGCUUGAUUUAGCCUUUUUGAAGGGGGAAAGUUAGCUUUUCUCUCUAUCUUGAAUUAUUGUCACGUUGUUCCUGUCAAAGCUUGUCCAGUGAUUGAGACCCCUCUCCCUUAGUAGAGCAAAUGUCACAGAAGAUUCAGGACUCUCCAUUCCUCCUUAAGACAAUGAACUCUUUGCCAGUUCAUUUUAGGUUGCCUAACAACCCUCUUCAAACGGAAAACACUUAUGCUGUGGAUUCCAGAUUUCGAAAUGGGAAUAUUAAUGUUGGGCGCAAUGUGAAUGCUAAGAACACCAUGGAUCAGGACUGCGAUGAAUCCCCUUACUGCAGAUUACAGGUUGUUGGCAAACAAACAACUCCUGUUGGGGUUGGGGAUGGGGAUGAUGAUGAUCAGGAAUCAGCAUCUCUAUCACAUUCAGCAAUUACCAAAUCCAAGUGGAGUGACACAAACACAUACACUAUUAAAAAAAAACCUCAAUCUUGGUUGCUACAACCUGAUGGAAACUGGGAGCUAGGCAAGAUAUUGUCAAUCUCAGGGACAGAAUCUGUGAUAUCUUUUGCAGAUGGAAAAGUACUUAAGGUACUCUCUGAGAGGCUUUUACCAGCGAAUCCUGAUGUUCUGGAUGGAGUUGAUGAUCUCAUGCAACUGAGUUACUUACAUGAACCCUCUGUACUGCACAAUCUUCAGUAUAGAUAUGAUCGAGAUAUCAUCUAUACAAAAGCAGGACCUGUCUUGGUUGCUAUUAAUCCCUUCAAGAAAGUUCCAUUGUAUGGAAAUCAUUAUAUAGAAGCAUAUAGACGUAAAUCUAUAGAAAGCCCUCAUGUCUACGCAAUAGCUGAUGCAGCUAUAAGUGAAAUGAGAAGAGAUGAAGUGAACCAAUCUAUUAUUAUAAGUGGCGAAAGUGGAGCAGGAAAGACUGAAACAGCAAAAAUAGCAAUGCAAUAUCUUGCUGCUCUUGGAGGUGGUAGUGGCAUAGAGUUUGAGAUACUGAAAACUAAUCCGAUCUUAGAGGCGUUUGGCAACGCAAAAACAUCUAGAAAUGAUAAUUCAAGUCGCUUUGGAAAGCUGAUUGAGAUUAACUUCAGUGAAACUGGAAAAAUAACGGGUGCCAAUAUUCAGACGUUUCUACUAGAGAAGUCAAGAGUAGUUCAAUGCACAGAAGGUGAAAGGUCCUAUCAUAUAUUUUAUCAAUUGUGUUCUGGAGCUCCUUCUGCACUUCGAGAUAAACUAAAUCUAAUGGAUGCAAGUGAAUAUGAGUAUUUGAGGCAAAGCAAUUGCUUUUCAAUUCCUGGGGUUGACGAUUCUGAAGAGUUUCGAGUUGUACAGGAAGCUCUGGAUGUUGUCCAUGUUAGCAAAGAGGAUCAAGAGGAUGUAUUUGCUAUGAUCGCUGCGGUAUUGUGGCUGGGGAAUAUUUCCUUCACUGUAAUAGAUAACGAAAACCAUGUUGAACCUGUUGAAAAUGAAGGUCUAGCCACUGCUGCAAAAUUGAUUGGAUGUACCAACACAGAGUUAAAGCUAGCUUUAUCAACUCGAACAAUGCGGGUGGGAAACGAUAAUAUUGUGCAAAUGCUCACACUCUCUCAGGGCAUUGAUGCAAGAGAUGCUUUGGCAAAAUCAAUCUAUUCUUGUUUGUUUGACUGGCUAGUUGAACAAAUUAAUAAGUCCCUUGCUGUUGGCAAAUGUCGUACGGGCAGAUCCAUCAGCAUCCUGGAUAUCUAUGGCUUCGAAUCCUUUGAUAGGAACAGUUUUGAGCAAUUUUGCAUAAAUUAUGCCAAUGAAAGGCUUCAACAACACUUCAAUAGACACUUGUUUAAGCUGGAGCAAGAGGAAUAUGUAAAAGAUGGAAUUGAUUGGGCUAAAGUGGAAUUUGAGGACAACCAAGAUUGUCUGAAUUUAUUUGAAAAGAAACCACUGGGGCUAUUAUCAUUGUUAGAUGAAGAGUCCACCUUUCCAAAUGGUACAGAUUUGACUUUUGCAAACAAGCUCAAGCAACACUUAAAUUCUAAUUCUUGUUUUAGAGGAGAACGAGGCAAAGCUUUCACUAUCAGUCACUAUGCUGGCGAGGUUAUGUAUGACACCACUGGGUUUCUUGAGAAGAACCGAGAUUUGUUGCAUUUGGAUUCAAUUCAACUUCUAUCCUCAUGCAAUAACCGUCUGCCUAAAGUAUUUGCUUCUUAUCUGCUUGCGCAAUCCGAAAGGCUAGUGGUUGGUGCAUUACAUAAAUCAGGUGGUGCAGAAUCCCAGAAGCUAAGUGUUGCCACAAAGUUUAAGGGCCAAUUAUUCAAAUUGAUGCAACGUCUGGAAAGUACUACACCGCAUUUUAUACGCUGUAUCAAGCCCAAUAACUACCAAUCUCCGGGAAUUUAUGAUCAAAGGCUCAUAUUGCAGCAACUAAGGUGCUGUGGGGUUAUAGAGGUUGUUCGAAUCUCAAGAUCUGGCUUUCCAACCAGAAUGUCUCAUCAAAAGUUUGCAGGAAGGUAUGGAUUUCUUCAUUUGGAUAGUGUUGCUCCCCAAGAUCCACUGAGUGUUUCAGUUGCUAUUCUUCAUCAGUUUAAUAUUCUUCCCGAGAUGUAUCAAGUUGGCUAUACAAAAUUAUUUUUCCGCACUGGCCAGAUCGGUGUGCUUGAAGAUAUAAGAAACCAUACCUUGCACGGUAUACUUCGUGUUCAAAGCUGUUCUCGAGGUCAUCAAGCUCGCUGUCACUUUAAGGAACUGAAGAGACUAGCUAUUACCCUUCAAUCAUUUUCCCGGGGUGAAAAAACAAGAAAAGAAUUUACUGUCACGUUACAGAGGCAUCGAGCUGCUGUGUUAAUACAGAAACACAUUAGAGGAAGGAUUUCAAGGAAUAUUUAUUUAGAAGUUCGCAAUGCUUCGGUUUGUAUACAAUCAGUUCUACGUGGCUGGUUAGUGAGAAGAUGCUCAGGAGACAUAGGUGGUUCAUUGCAAUACAGAGGCACAAAGGCAAACGAUAUGGAAGAGGUGCAAGUGAAGUCGUCGAUCCUAGCUGAGCUUCAACGUCGGGUUCUAAAAUCGGAGGCUGCUCUGAGGGAAAAGGAAGAGGAAAACGACAUUCUCCUCCAACGGCUCCAGCAAUACGAGAGCAGAUGGUCUGAAUACGAGCUAAAAAUGAAAUCCAUGGAAGAAGUGUGGCAGAAACAGAUGAAGUCACUUCAGUCCAGCCUUUCCAUAGCAAAGAAGAGCUUGAUGAGUUCAUCUGCAGCAGCAGCAGCAGCAGGAGGAGGAGGAGGAGAUGAUUCUGAUGGAAAUUCGGAUGCAUCUGUAAAUCUAAACAACGAGGAGAGUUGGGAGAAUAGUAAUAGUAAUAGUAAUAAUAACCUGCAGUGGAGGCCAAUGAGUACGGGAUUGAGUGUUAUAAGUCGAUUGGCUGAAGAGUUGGAACAGAGAAGUCAAGUAUUUGGGGACGAUGCGAAGUUCUUGGUGGAGGUGAAAUCGGGUCAGGUGGAGGCCAGUUUGGACCCUGAUCGAGAGCUGAGGAGGUUGAAACAGGUGUUUGAAUCAUGGAAGAAGGAUUAUAGUGGAAGAUUGAGGGAAACUAAAGUUAUUCUACACAAGCUUGAAAAUGAAAAUGAAAAUAAUGCUGCUGACAAAAUGAUGAACAACAAGAAGUGGUGGAGCAAAAGAAACAGCUCCAGGUUCAGUUAAUAAAUGUCAAACUUGUUUCUUUUACUAUUUAUAUUUCCUGUUUUUUCUCAAAUUUUAAUUUCAUCAUCGUGAUGACAGAUUUCUAGUCACUUCAUAUAAAAUGUUCUUGCAGUAGUAUGCCUUCAAUAUCACCCUUGUAAAAUUAAUGGGUUUUAUUAGUUUUUUUUUAAUUUUUGUUUGAAUGUUUAAUGGUUUUAUUAAGAUUUAAUAUAACUAUUUUUUUAAAUACUAAAUUAUUUGA